CUCCACCCUCGCGCCUCGUCAGGGUGGAGUUUGAGCAGCACCACAACUCCUAGCAGACAGGGAGGGGAGCGAAGGAAAAGCAGCGCUUGGCCUCUUCCGUCAUUAAAAAACGGAUUUUGUUCUGGAAUUAAAAGUGGAGAAAAGUUCGACGAGGCGGGUCCCACUGCUGGAAGCGCCGCCGUCGACGGAAUCGGAUUCCCGCGCGCAGGACAUCUUUGAGGCAGACUUGCUCCUCUGACGGGACAGGAGGCUGACAGGAGGACACCACUUUCCAGCAGGUGUGAGCCGGGCGGAGGUGCAGAGCAGCAAUCAUGGUUGCCCUGUCGCUUAAGAUCGGUGUGGGAAAUGUAGUGAAGACCAUGCAGUUUGAGCCCUCCACCAUGGUCUACGACGCCUGUCGCAUCAUCAGGGAGCGGGUUCCCGAGGCCCAACUGGGACAGCCCAAUGACUAUGGCCUGUUUUUGUCUGAUGAAGACCCAAAGAAAGGCAUCUGGUUGGAAGCAGGAAAGGCUCUGGACUACUACAUGUUAAGGAACGGGGACACUUUGGACUACAAGAAGAAGCAGAGGCCUCUGAAGAUCCGAAUGCUGGACGGCACCGUGAAGACCGUCAUGGUGGACGACUCUAAGAUCGUCAGUGACAUGCUCAUGACCAUCUGUGCCCGGAUCGGCAUCACAAACUAUGAUGAAUACUCGCUGGUGCACGACAUUGGCGAGGAGAAGAAAGAGGAGACCACGGGAACGCUGAAGAAGGACAAGACUCUGCUGAGAGAUGACAAGAAGAUGGAGAAGCUGAAGCAGAAGCUCCACACAGAUGACGAGCUGAACUGGUUGGACCAUGGCAGGACGCUGAGGGAACAGGGUGUGGAGGAGACAGAGAUGUUGUUACUCAGGAGAAAGUUCUUCUACUCGGACCAGAACGUGGACUCAAGAGAUCCCGUCCAGCUGAACCUGCUUUAUGUUCAGGCUCGAGAUGACAUUCUGAACGGCUCUCAUCCAGUAUCUUUUGACAAGGCCUGUGAGUUUGCAGGCUACCAGUGUCAAAUCCAGUUUGGUGACCACAAUGAGUCCAAACACAAGUCUGGAUUCUUGGACCUAAAAGAGUUUCUUCCCAAAGAGUACAUCAAGAACAAGGGAGAGAAAAAGAUCUUCCAGGCGCAUAAAAACUGUCAGAAUAUGACAGAGAUUGAGGCCAAAGUCAGCUAUGUGAAGCUGGCCCGCUCCCUGAAAACCUACGGUGUGUCGUUUUUUCUGGUGAAGGAAAAGAUGAAGGGAAAGAACAAGCUGGUGCCUCGUCUGCUGGGAAUCACCAAGGAGUGCGUGAUGAGGGUCGAUGAAAAGACCAAGGAGGUGAUCCAGGAGUGGAACUUGACCAACAUCAAGCGCUGGGCAGCAUCACCUAAGAGCUUCACUCUGGACUUUGGAGACUACCAGGAUGGUUACUACUCCGUGCAGACCACUGAGGGAGAGCAGAUUGCUCAGCUUAUUGCCGGUUACAUUGACAUCAUCCUCAAAAAGAAAAAGAGCAAAGACCACUUCGGCAUGGAAGGAGAUGAAGAGUCAACCAUGCUGGAAGACUCUGUGUCACCCAAAAAGUCCACUGUUCUGCAGCAGCAGUUCAACAAGAUGGGUAAGGUGGAGACGGGCUCGGUCGCUUUGCCGGCCAUCAUGCGUUCAGGAGCGGGAGGGCCAGAGAGCUUUCAGAUGGGCUCCAUGCCUCAAGCCAAGCAGCACAUCACAAGUGGACAGAUGCACAGAGGACACAUGCCUCCACUGACAUCUGCGCAGCAGGCCCUCACAGGCACCAUAAACUCCAGCAUGCAGGCGGUUCAGGCUGCGCAGGCAUCACUCGAGGACUUCGACACUCUGCCUCCGCUAGGAACCGAUGCGGCAUCCCAAGCCUGGCGCAAAAACAAGAUGGACGAGUCCAAACACGAGAUCCACUCUCAAGUAGACGCUAUCACAGCCGGCACGGCCUCCAUGGUCAACCUGACUGCAGGUGAUCCGGCAGAGACGGACUACACAGCGGUGGGCUGUGCCGUUACCACCAUCUCCUCCAACCUGACAGAGAUGUCAAAGGGCGUUAAGCUGCUGGCCGCCCUCAUGGAGGAUGAAGGGGGCAACGGGCAGCUGCUUCUCGGUGCAGCCAAGAACCUGGCCUGCGCCGUCUCUGACAUGUUGAAGACCGCGCAGCCUGCAAACACUGAGCCUCGUCAGAACUUGCUGCAAGCUGCCGGGAACGUGGGUCAGACCAGCGGAGAGCUGCUGUCCCACAUCGGAGAGACGGACACGGAUCCACAGUUCCAGCUUGGACUUAAAGGAUGUUUCAGGGCAGCUUCCAGAAGAAUGUCCUCUAAUUACCAAAUGCCGGAAAUGUUGAUGCAGCUGGCAAAAGCCGUGGCCAAUGCUGCUGCAGCUCUGGUGCUCAAAGCCAAGAAUGUGGCCCAAAAGACGGAGGAUUCAGCCCAGCAGAACCGAGUGAUCGCUGCAGCCACUCAGUGUGCUCUGUCCACAUCCCAGCUGGUCGCCUGCACGAGGGUGGUUGCUCCGACUAUCAGUUCCCCGGUGUGCCAGGAGCAGCUGAUAGAGGCCAGCAAGCUGGUGGCCAAAUCCGUUGAGGGAUGCGUUGGUGCGUCACAGUCUGCCACCAAUGAUGAAGGCCUGCUGAAGCAAGUGGGCGUGGCCGCCACAGGCGUCACUCAGACCCUCAACGAGCUGCUCCAGCACAUCAAGCAGUACGCCAGCGGCGGGCAUCCCAUCGGUCGGCACGGGGAGGCCACCGACCGCAUCCUGAAUGUCACAGAGAACAUCUUCAGUUCGAUGGGAGAUGCUGGUGAGAUGGUCCGUCAGGCGCGGAUCCUUGCCCAGGCCACCUCCGAUCUGGUCAACGCCAUCAAGAUGGAUGCAGAAGGCGAGUCCGAUCUGGAGAACUCCCGCAAGCUCCUGUCUGCUGCCAAGCUGCUAGCUGAUGCCACCGCCAAGAUGGUGGAAGCUGCUAAGGGUGCAGCUGCAAACCCAGACAGUGAGGAGCAACAGCAGAAGCUGCGAGAGGCUGCUGAAGGUCUCCGCAUGGCUACCAACGCCGCAGCUCAGAACGCCAUCAAGAAACGCCUGGUCAACAAGCUGGAGAAUGCAGCCAAGCAGGCAGCAGCAGCUGCCACUCAGACCAUCGCCGCAGCGCAGCACGCCGCCUCCACCAAUAAGAACCAGGGGGCCCAGCAACAGCUCGUCCAGAGCUGCAAGGUCGUGGCAGAGCAGAUUCCUCAGCUGGUUCAAGGCGUUCGCGGCAGCCAGUCUCAGCCGGACAGUCCCAGCGCUCAGCUCGCCCUCAUCAAUGCCAGCCAGAACUUCCUGCAGCCAGGAGCAAAGAUGGUCACGGCCGCCAAAGCCACGGUUCCCACCAUCAGUGACCAGGCCUCAGCCAUGCAGCUCAGUCAGUGUGCCAAGAACCUGGCCAGCGCCCUGGCAGAGCUGCGCACCGCCUCCCAGAAGGCUCAGGAUGCUUGUGGUCAGCUGGAGAUUGACAACGCUCUGGUGAUGGUCAGAGAUCUGGAGAAAGACAUCCAAGAGGCAAAGGCUUCUGCUCGGGAAGGCAAACUGAAGCCGCUGCCAGGAGAGACGCUUGGGAAAUGCUCCCAGGAUCUGAGCACCAACACCAAGGCAGUGACCUCGGCUAUCGCACAACUGCUGAGUGAAGCCACGCAGGGAGACGAGAACUAUGCAGGUAUAUCCGCCAGAGACAUGGCUCAAACUCUCAAAUCCUUAGUCUCAGCUGCCAGAGGAGUGGCAGCCUCCACGGACGACCCAGCGGCGCGCGGCGCCGUGCUGGACUGUGCCGGGGACGUUCUGGAUAAGUCAGCCAACCUGAUUGAAGAGGCCAAGAGGGCCAUCGCUAAACCGGGAGAUGCAGAGAGCCAACAGAGGCUGGCCCAGGUGGCUAAGGCCAUGUCUCAGGCCUUGAACAGGUGUGUUAACUGCCUCCCUGGUCAGAGGGAUGUGGACAACGCCAUUCGCACUGUGGGUGAAGCCAGCAAGACUCUGCUGGCUGACUCUUUUCCAUCCAGCGGGAAGAGCUUCCAGGAGCUUCAGGCUCAGCUCAAUGAGGUGGCAGCUGGGCUUAACCAGUCAGCCAACGAGGUGGUGCAGGCAUCUAGAGGGACCACCCAAGACCUUGCCAAGGCCACCAGCAAGUUCGGACAGGACUUCAGCAACUUUCUGGACGCUGGUGUGGACAUGGCAGGAACCUCUCAGUCUAAAGAGGACCAGACGCAGGUGGUGUCCAACCUGAAGACCAUCUCCAUGUCAUCCAGCAAGCUGCUGCUUGCAGCCAAGGCUCUGUCCACUGACUCCAGCUCGCCCAACCUGAAGAACCAGCUGGCUGCAGCUGCUCGGGCCGUCACAGACAGCAUCAACCAGCUCAUCACUAUGUGCACGCAGCAGGCUCCAGGUCAGAAGGAGUGUGACAACGCUCUGAGAGAGCUGGAGUCCGUCAAGGGGAUGCUGGAGAAUCCAACAGAAGCCGUAAAUGAUCUUUCAUUCUUUGAGUGCAUUGACAGCGUCAUGGAAAACUCCAAGGUUCUUGGAGAGUCUAUGGCUGGAAUUUCCCACAAUGCCAAGAACUCCAAUCUGCCAGAGUUUGGUGAUUCAGUCAGCGCUGCGUCCAAAGCCCUGUGUGGUCUGACUGAAGGAGCUGCCCAGGCUGCUUAUCUGGUUGGUGUCUCAGACCCGAACAGCACAGCAGGUCAGAAGGGCCUGGUGGACCCCACUCAGUUUGCCCGGGCUAAUCAGUCCAUUCAGAUGGCCUGCCAGAACCUGGUGGAUCCAGCCUGCACCCAGUCUCAGGUCCUUUCUGCAGCCACCAUUGUAGCCAAACACACAUCUGCCCUGUGCAACGCCUGCCGCCUGGCCUCCUCCCAGACUUCCAAUGCUGUUGCCAAGCGGCAGUUCGUCCAGUCGGCCAAAGAAGUGGCCAAUACUACUGCCAACCUGGUCAAGUCUAUAAAGGCCUUGGAUGGAGCCUUCUCUCAGGAGAACAGAGAGAAAUGCAAGGCCGCAACUGGACCUCUGAUUGAAGCUGUGGAUAACCUGACAGCUUUCGCCUCUAACCCAGAGUUUGCCAGCAUCCCGGCUCAUAUCAGCCCAGAGGGUCAUGCAGCCAUGGAGCCGAUUGUUGCAGCAGCACAGACGAUGCUGGAGAGCUCAACCGGCCUGAUUCAGACGGCCCGCUCUUUGGCUGUCAACCCUAAAGACCCGCCCACGUGGUCAGUGCUGGCCGGACACUCCAGAACUGUUUCUGACUCCAUCAAGAAGCUCAUCACCAACAUGAGGGAAAAAGCUCCGGGCCAGAGAGAAUGUGACGAUGCUAUUGAGGUUCUGAACGGCUGCAUCCGGGAAGUUGACCAGGCCUCGCUUGCUGCCAUAAGCCAACACUUAACCCCACGAGAAGACAUCUCCAUGGAGACUCUUCAUGAGCAGAUGGCUGCUUCAGUUCAUGAGAUCAGUAACUUGAUUGAUCCCGUGGCCGUUGCUGCUCGAUCUGAGGCCUCACAGCUCGGACACAAGGUUUCUCAGAUGGCCAGCUACUUUGAACCCCUGAUCAUGGCAGCCAUUGGCACAGCAUCCAAGAUCCUCAGCAGCCAACAGCAGAUGGCUGUCUUAGACCAGACCAAGACUUUGGCAGAGUCUGCGCUGCAGAUGCUCUACACUGCCAAGGAGGCCGGAGGAAACCCCAAGGCGGCGCACAUGCAGGAGGCCGUGGAAGAGUCUGUGCAGAUGAUGAAGGAAGCAGUGGACGACUUGGGCGCCACUCUGGCGGACGCCGCCAGUGCAGCCGGGGCUGUCGGUGGCAUGGUGGACACCAUCAAUGAUGCCAUCAACAAAAUGGAAGACUCACACACGCUCGACCAUGAUGGCACCUUUGUGGACUACCAAACUACCAUGGUGAAGACGGCCAAGGCCAUUGCAGUGACUGUGCAAGAGAUGGUAACCAAGUCAAACACCAACCCAGAUGACCUUGGAGGACUGGCCAACCAGCUGACCAAUAAUUUUGGAAAUCUGGCCAACGAGGCCAAAUAUGCAGCUCUAACAGCAGAGAACGAUGAAAUUGGUUCUCACAUUAAGAAGCAGGUGGGAGAGCUGGGUUUCACUUGCACAGGUUUGGUGACCAAAGCUGGAGCUCUGCAGUGCAGCCCUAAUGACACCUUUACAAAAAAGGAGCUGAUUGAAAGUGCUCGCAAAGUCUCAGAGAAGGUCUCCCACGUGUUGGCAUCCCUGCAGGCUGGUAACCGUGGAACCCAAGCUUGCAUCACCGCUGCCAGUGCCGUCUCUGGAAUCAUUGCUGAUCUCGACACCACCAUCAUGUUUGCCACAGCUGGCACCCUGCACCGCGAGAAUGCAGAGACCUUCGCUGACCACAGAGAAUGCAUUCUGAAGACGGCCAAGGCUCUGGUGGAAGACACCAAGCUGUUGGUUUCUGGUGCUGGAGCCAGUCAGGAGAAGUUAGCUCAAGCUGCACAGUCGUCGGUGUCCACCAUCACCAAGCUGGCUGAGGUGGUCAAGCUGGGAGCAGCCAGCCUGGGCUCUGAAGACCCAGAGACUCAGGUGGUGUUGAUCAAUGCAGUGAAGGAUGUCGCUAAAGCUCUAAGUAAUUUAAUCAGCGCAACAAAGGCAGCAGCAGGCAAACCUCACGAUGAUCCCAGCAUGCUCCAGCUGAAGAACUCUGCCAAGGUGAUGGUGACCAACGUGACGUCUCUGCUGAAGACUGUGAAGGCGGUGGAGGACGAGGCCACAAAGGGAACCAGAGCUUUAGAGGCCACAAUUGAACACAUCAAACAAGAGCUGACGGUGUUCUGCAGUUCUGACCCACCAGCAAAAACCACCUCACCAGAGGACUUCAUUCGUAUGACUAAGGGAAUCACCAUGGCAACAGCAAAAGCAGUGGCUGCUGGGAACUCUUGUCGUCAGGAGGAUAUCAUUGCCACAGCCAACCUCAGCCGAAGGGCCAUUGCUGACAUGCUGCGCUCCUGCAAGGAAGCUGCCUACCACCCAGAAGUCAACGCAGACGUCAGGAGGAGAGCUCUGCGCUUUGGAAACGAGUGUGCUACUGGAUAUCUGGGCCUGCUAGAACACGUGCUGGUGCCGAUCAUCCAGAAACCAUCCCACGAUCUCAAACAACAGCUAGCGACCUACUCUAAGCGGGUGGCGGGGAGUGUCACUGAGCUCAUCCAAGCCGCUGAGGCCAUGAAAGGAACAGAAUGGGUGGAUCCCGAGGAUCCUACUGUCAUCGCAGAGAAUGAACUGUUGGGGGCAGCGGCAGCUAUCGAAGCAGCUGCCAAGAAACUGGAGCAGCUGAGGCCGAGGACCAAACCCAAGGAAGCCGACGAGAGCCUGAACUUUGAGGAGCAGAUUCUGGAGGCAGCCAAGUCCAUCGCAGCUGCCACGAGUGCUCUGGUCAAAGCUGCUUCAGCAGCACAGAGAGAGCUCGUGGCUCAAGGGAAGGUUGGAGCAAUCCCAGCCAACGCGGUGGAUGAUGGUCAGUGGUCUCAGGGCCUGAUUUCCGCUGCUCGGAUGGUUGCAGCAGCAACCAACAAUCUGUGCGAGGCAGCUAACUCGGCGGUGCAGGGACACGCCAGCGAGGAGAAGCUCAUCUCGUCUGCCAAACAGGUGGCGGCCUCCACGGCUCAGCUCUUGGUGGCCUGCAAGGUCAAGGCUGACCAAGACUCCCAGACGAUGAAGAGGCUCCAGGCUGCAGGAAAUGCUGUGAAGAGAGCAUCGGAUAACCUGGUGAAGGCCGCCCAGAAGGCAGCGUUCGACGCUGAGGAUGACCAGGCUGUGGUGGUGAAGAGCAAGAUGGUGGGAGGCAUAGCUCAGAUUAUCGCCGCUCAGGAGGAGAUGCUGCGGAAAGAGAAGGAGCUGGAAGAAGCCAGGAAGAGGCUGGCCAUGAUCAGGCAGCAGCAGUACAAGUUCCUGCCCUCUGAGCUGCGAGAGGACAGCCACGACCAGUGAGAGCAUGCGGAGCCCCGAGCAAACCAAAAGCAGUGCCGCUCGGACCUCCUGCCCAUGCCUCACAUGUGCAGCCUUACGGUUCUUCGUUAACUCUCUUUUUAAUAACAGAUUUUACAUUAUUGAUGUGCUAAUAUCACGAUCCUUUCAGUACUUAUUAAGUUAUCAGCGCUUUGGAUCUGUCUGGACGUCAUUUUCCUCCUUUUUUGAUUCCAGUCCUCGUCUUCACCGUCAGACUGUUACAUCUCAUUGGUGAAGAUGGAAGGCAAACGCUGUCAGGGCUUCAGCAAACAUUUCAGCUCGUCUAUGCAAUGUUUUUGUCGCGCUUUUGUUUUUACUAAGCACAUUUCCAGAGAGCACCAGGAAGUGGUUUCUUCUAAAGUGGUCCGAGGUUUCACAGAGGUCCCGCUCAGUCGUGACUAUAAAAAUACAUGAACAUGUUCAGGUUUAAGAUUCAGAAAUGAUGAACUAAAACAAACAUGCAAAUCAGUGUUUUAUUUCUCUUUGUUUUAGGAACGAGCUAUAGAAUAUAUUAAACAGGGGUCUUCCUUUGUGUUAGGGUUAAGAUCAGUCUCUCUUUUUUUUUUUACAAAACUAUUGUUUAAAGAUUAUCAAGCCAUAUAUUUAAAGUUUAAAAAUUGUUUUGACAUUGGUGAUGACCUUCCUCAGUGUUUGCCUCAGCAGCAUAUGUGCCAAACUGUGUGAUGCCGAACUGUUCUCUGUGUAAGCAGCGGCGCCUCCAAAUCAAAGAUAAUUCCACUGAGGUCCGUCUGUGAAAUGGGCCCACAGCCUGCAUGCUUCUAAAGUACACAAGCACCUGUGGCUGUGCUUAUCAAGUGCCUUUUAUUAGGAAUCUAUGGAAUCUAAGUGCUGUCCUUUUGGCCAGAAGUGCAGCGGUUUAGCACUCCGAACUGUAACAGCACGAGUAGCUUUGCUUUUAUCACUCGAUUGUAAAACAAACUGAAUGAUUAUAUGACCAUGAUCACUCCAGAUCCCCCUCCCCCCCUUUUUAACUCACAUUGACUUUACCAUGCAGGUGCACAGCAGAACCCCUGAUGUGCACUGUAAUAGAGAUUUAUAUAUUCAAUAAAGCCAGAUUUCACGGAAA